AUGCCUUCUGCGGUACCAGACCAGAACAACUACCAUAACCCGCACCACCGCCGACAGUCCUCGCAUUCUCAGACCAAUCUGCCAAAUCAGAUCAAUGAUCCUUCUGCGCAACCUCAGUCACCCGAGCGAUCACUUGCCUACCUACCUUCUACCACAUAUUCCCAGUCGCAGUCCUCGUCUCAUGGUGCUAGGAUCCCAUCAAGUUCAACACCCCUCAAGUCAAACAUUGGGUCGGGGAGUGUGCCCACUGACGAUACAUCGACCGACCCGCACGAGUUCUAUAGGCAAUAUCAAGAAGCUUUUAGCAAUGCCUCUCCACAAGCUCUUCAUCAGGAAGCGAUCCGAACGACGGUAUUUGAGGAUGAAGAUGAGAAAAGAGCCACAAGAAGAAAGUCGAGCUUUGCAUCGGCCCAGUCGAACGAGGACCCGUCGCAAAGAACCUCGCGAAAUUCUAUGACAGGCCGACGCCCAACUGUGAAUACACAGAACCUGCCAAGUGCCAGCUGGGAGAACAGUCCUGCCAGGACUUUCUUGAAAUCAAGGAAGGCUUCAUUCAAAGAUCUUGUCGCACGCUUUGAUACCUCGCCGGAGGAGGUCCCGCCAUUACCGACGCAGCUCAUCUCCCGGCCCGCUUCAAGAACUGCAAGUCCGAUGCCAUAUUCGACAGCUGGUCCUUCAAAUUCCUACGGUGGCACUAUUCCCCAGUCGAAGGAGCCUAGGCUAUCGGAUACCACCAGAAGGACUUCGCCAAGUCCCGGCAUUCGCCCUCCGACUGCUAUACCGCGUGGCCGGACACGGGGAGCGUCAACGGAGGCGGCCUCAACUCACCGUGCUCCUGCGGUCCAGACUGCGGCUCCGGGGCGUAAGCUCUUGUUUGGGGAAGUCGUUCCUUCAGCGUCCAGACUCCCAGCGGCAGGCUAUGGCAUACAUAAUGCUCGUAGAAGAAGAGGGUCAGAAGGGUCACCAAUGCAUAGCCCAAACCCAAUGUUCCCACCGAGCAACCCUGAUUCUCAACCACCGGCGCACUCAGUGACUGGUCAAAAUCUUGUUCAGCCAUAUUCAGGCGUUGGCAGGACUACUCAGUCCUAUAAUACCGUGGGUACUAGCUCAAACCACCGGAGAGCAAAGAGUGAUCUCACUGGGCCGUCAUUGAAGUCCGGGCGUGGAGCAAACUCACCUGUCAUGAGAACGGGCCGCAUGGAUUCUUCACCCCCGGGCAAUGGACAAUCGCGCAUCCCCAUCAGUGUACGACACAAUCGUAAUGCAUCAGAGCCGACAAAUAUCUCUCCAACGGCCGCUUCAAGCUCACAACUACCACUACGGAUAAAUGGACACCGUCAGUCAGCGGGGACCCUUACUUCGUAUACCGAUAGGAAGCCUCCUAGCCCUCCCAGAGGACCGCGUUCUCAUACUCAUAUUAAAAGCCCCGGCGCAAAGUCGGGAGGAAGCAGUGAGAAGAGUCCUUCAUUGAGGGCCAAUAUCAUUGCCCCUCCACCAAAGAUUUCCCCCCCGCUUCGAAGUUCAAGACCCCGUUUGCCUGUAUCGAGUGCAACCACGGCUGCAUCUCGAGCAAAAAUAGCCGAGAAGUUUCAGACAAUGGCCAAGCAACAGAGCGAUAGCAGAGCCUAUCGGCGACAGAGACCUCCCGAACUUACUGAUAUUGACCUCAAGGCUCGGCGACUGAAGAUCACACAAGCCUUGACAAGAUCAAAAGAGGGUCAGGAUCUGAAGGGGGCCCCUGCUUCUUUGCGGACAACCUCGACGUCGACCAGCCGAAACAAUAGUAUUGCCCCUUCGGACGACAGCGAUAAGCUCGAGGCUUCCACAAUAGCAAACGUCGAAAUACCGGCUGUCAUUGUUAACGAACCGGCGCCUAUGCAAGAUACUCCGGAGGAGCAUGCCUUUUAUGCACAGGAUCGGCGAGACGUAGAUGACCGGCGAGCCUUCACCCAGAAUGCGCUUCAUAUCGUGGAUGGUGGUGGGCCGCGGCCUUUGGACGAGGUUGACUCACCAACACUUGGCCAUGCUGGUUCAGGGUUUAGCAGUAUACCAUACAGCCUUGACACUCAUCUGAGUUCCGCGCACGAUGAUCAAGAGCCGCGUUCUGCUGUUACUCAAGGCACUGUAGCCACGGAAGCCACAAUGAUAGACGCCGAACCACAGGCUGACGAGACUGAACUUCAGCCAACCCAGUCUCUCCUGGAUCAGAUCAGUAUCCUUAGGAGUUACGAUUCCAGAUCGCCAUUGUCUGCUGCUUCACACGCAUCCGGCGACAAUUCUGACCAUGCUGAUGGAGUCUCUGUAAACCUUAUGUUGCGAGAAACGACGUACCUAGAUGAUGAGGAGGCAGCUGAGAAGGGUUACCGACCAUUACUAGUCCCAUCAGAGCCGUUACCGACACAACCCAUCUUUCACAGAGGCUCUUGGACAUCAUCUUUAACCACGGAUCAUCGCGAUUCAGACGCUGAUCAAGCUGGCAUGGAUGAUACUGCAAUUCGCCGACCGGACAAAGAGACCCCAGAAGCGGGAUCUGAUAGCUUCUCUGAUGUUGACCAAUCCAGCGCUGAUGACUCAAAUGGGGAAGGAUAUGCUACAGAUGCAUACACAAUUGUUAACAUCGUGUUGCAACAGCGAACGCCCUCUGGAGUUGUCGAUCAACAGCUCGUCGAUGAUAUUUACCAUCGCAUUAUCCAAGCAUCUCCAGAUUUAGCCGAUGCUGAAAACGUGGACGAAGCAAAAGUGAGAACUCUGUGUCUCCAAGAGCUUGAUGACUACAAUCUGCACUGGGACCAACGUGAAGCCACUCGUCCGCAGCCAACCGAAGAGAUCCUGCCCGAACCUUCGCUAAGCGCUGAAUCUGGUGUUGUUAACGGUGAAUCUGAUGCACAGACAGCCACUGCAAGCUCACCUGCAACCAAAGCCGUCGCAUCCAAACAACCUCAGAGCUACCGAUCUCACCACCGAUAUAAAUCUAGUCUUGACAGCGCUGAGGAUUGGGCCGACACCUCACCCUCAGUCACAGAUUGGAUUCAGUUCGCUCUCAAAUCCCCACCAGACGCCCAUCCUCAACGACAACAGUCACUGCUGACAAACGAAACAUUCCUUAAUGAUGAAGCAAAGACUCAAGAAGCCCCUGACCAGAUGCAGGCGCAUAACAAACAAGGCAGAAGCGACGUCAUGGAAAUCGCCACUGGUUGGGACAUGCCGCGGCCACCAUCGCACUCGCCUCCACCUCCACCGGCUGCCGCCAUGCCGUCGAUUGCUCAGACUUCUUGGUCGGCUCCUGCUGGCGUGGCACCACCGGGUAUGCCAGCCGCUCCACCGUCCAGACCACUGACGGCCGCAUCGCAGAUAUCAGCGAGGUCAAGCAUCGAUCAACAAGGGCCCCCAGCCGAUUCCCCUGCUGGGAGACCUUCCACGGAGGAUCAAACCCCAGAGCAACGUCGUCUCAACAAACGGCGCUAUGUCCUCAAAGAGCUGGUGGACACCGAGUACACUUACGAACGAGAUAUGCGGGUUUUAUGUGACAUCUACAAGCAGACAGCCGUGGCGGCAAUCUCUGACGAAGACAUCAAAAUCAUCUUCGGAAAUGUUGAUGUUGUGCAGCAGUUCUCGAAGGACUUUCUAGGCCUCCUAAAGCAGGUCGUCAAGCCGGCCUAUAUGAUGGAAAAGUCAGACCGACGCAGAGAUGGAAAUCGUGCCUCGACAGUGCAAAGCUCGGCUGUUUCUAUAGAUGGAUUCGUCGAUAUGAGCGAUUGGGAAAAAGAUGAACUUACCAGAGUUGGUCAAGCCUUCGAAGCGUCCAUGACUGACAUGGAGAAGGUCUACACUGAGUAUAUUCGGACCCGACAUGCUGCGAACAAGAGACUGGAGGUUUUGCAAUCAUACUCGGCAGCCCGCGAAUGGCUCAAGGAAUGCAAGGAAAACUCGACUGAUAUCACGAAUGCUUGGAGUUUGGACGCCCUUCUUGUCAAGCCAAUCCAGCGAAUAACCAAAUACCCGCUUUUACUUACGCAGCUUGUGGAAGCUACGCCAGACAAUCACCCUGAUGCAAGCUUCCUACGGAGAGCUCUGGUGGAAGUAACAGAGAUCAACGUACGCAUUAACGAAGUCAAGAAGCAUACGGAAUUGGUUGAUCAAGUUCUGAAUAGAAAGCGUAAGGAUUCAGAUGUUCGAAACGGCCUGACCAAAGCAUUUGGGCGUCGCGCGGAAAGAUUGAGGCAGAAUAUGGGUAUCAACGAGAUGUUUGAGGACGAAGAAUACGCCAAGCUGAAAAUCAAGUAUGACAACAACAUUGCGCAUCUUUUCCUCGUCUCCAAAGACUGCCAGGGCUACAUUGAAGCCAUCACCAAGUGGGUUACUCGCAUGUGUGAGCUGGCAGCAGCAGCAGAAGCGUGGGUUGACGUGGGGCAUACCCAUUAUCCCGAAGCUGAAAGCAAACUUCGGCAACUUGCAAUUGUCGUUCGGGGCAUCAACUCAAUAGCCUUGCCAGACCAUAUUGAUCAGGUCAAUCUUCGGGUCAUUGGUCCCAUGGAAAAGACCGCCACAAUGCUGGAAAGAUUCCAGACUGACCCAAAAGGACUCAUAGCCAAGCGAGACAAGCGAUUGCUGGACUACAACCAGUUCAAAAACAAGAAGGACAGGGGCGAAAAGAUCGAUAAGAAAAUGACGGAACGUAUGGAGCAGUGGGAAGCACUUAAUCUCGAGGCCAAAGAAAGAAAGAAACGGCUGCUCAAGUCCACUGCCGACUUGGUUCUCUCGUGUCAACAGAAUCUCCUUCGACUUCACUUGAAUUGGCUUGCUAUGUGCAAGCAGAAGUUCUCCGCAGCUAUGGAAAUAUCUCUCGACAAAAUCAAGCCGGAGGAAAUUGUGAAAGACUGGCGAGAAGACUUUGAGUACCAUGAAGAGCAGAUACUCAUGUUGAGCAUCUGUAACGGUUCUUUGUUGGCUGAAGCAGGCAACCUGCUCUCAUUCUUGACCCCUGGGACGACUUUGCUCGGUGACGACUCCCCGCGACAGCCUUCGUGGAACAGUAUGCAUAAAACGCGAUCAAUAUCCAUCAACGAGGACACGAUGACCUUCAGUUCGAACCAACGACAAAGUGAAGGCGUGAUGAGUUCACAUAGUAACGACCCGAGUGAGCAGAGCUUGUUCAGUCUCGCCAAUGGCCGGAUAAGAGCCCCCUCAGCGGCAUCUGGAAGACUUCCCAAAACUCCAGAAACUGGCUCUCGCGGGGCGCCUUCUGUCCAUACUGUUCACAGCAAUAGUGCUUCUCGACCGGGCACUAGUCCCGGGCUGCCCGAAGUGCCUCCUCCUCUACUGAGCUUGGACGUGACAUCACCUUCCAUCGGGCCCUUGGUGACAGAUUCACCUCAGGCCAAUAGACACAUGUCCUCGUCGACAUUUUACUCUGCGGCGCCGGAGCCUAAUCAAUCGCAGACGCAGUUACCAUCCAGCAGUGGUCAUGUCUUCUCCUCGGCCAUGCCUAUGGAUGAUAACAAUCGACCACAAGAAGAGGGAAACGCGGUUCCAACACACGAACCGGGUGUCUUGUUCACGGCCGCAAGUGUUUAUGAAUUUAACAUUGAUCGGUCACGUCAGCAGGGUGGAUUUCGCUAUCUCACAUACAUGCCUGGCGAGAUCUUUGAUGUGAUUGCCGAGCAUGGGGAACUGUGGUUGGCCAUCAAUCAAGACGACGAGAGCCGAGAGAUUGGCUGGAUCUGGAACAAACACUUUGCCAAGCUAGCAGAGUAG